AGUUAAUGUCAGCCAUAUUAGUUGUGAUUAGCUGCCGUUUCGAAGGCGUUGUUUACCAACAUUGUUGUUUAUUUUGCGAAAUAAAAAUUGUGAUGUAGGCACAGAAGUGUUGUAUUUGUCUGCAGAUCAUAAGGAUGGACUUGCCUUCUCCAAGCUUAACGGAUAAGUAUGGAGUUUUAAGUAGAAAUGAUUCAAGUGUACAUAAAGAAAAAGAAGAUCCUAGUUCUGUGUCAACUGAUGUAAAUGAUACUCAGGACCUUAUGGUGCAACGUUGUGUGAUCAUACAGAAAGACGAGAAGGGAUACGGCCUUACUGUAUCCGGUGAUAAUCCUGUUUUUGUCCAAUCUGUCAAAGAAGAUGGUGCUGCAGCAAGAGCUGGAGUGCAACAGGGAGACAGAAUUAUUAAAGUCAAUGGUACUUUAGUAACUCAGUCAAAUCAUCAAGAUGUUGUGGAGCUUAUAAAGUCCGGUUCCUACGUUGCCCUUACUCUUCUGGGCAAGCCUCCUGGACAAAGCAAGGGAACUUUGAGUCCAACUCAGUCUUUUCAUUUGCCAGGGAAAAACUCAAGUAUGAGUAUUUCUAAUUCAAAUAAAUCAGGUUUAUCAAACAGAAUUACGGGACCACAGCCUGUUGAUCCUGAGAAGCAGCAGCAACUCACAAAUUCUCGUAUACAUACUAUUCGAAAAAUGCUGGAGCAAGAAGCUGACUACCUCGAAAAUCUACGAGCUGAAUUUUCCAAAACUCCAUCAGAAGAAAUUCGUUCCAAAGUCAAUGGGGCAAUGAAACGUGUGAAAACUUUAGAAGAGCGGUUAUUUAAUCUUACUGGUAUUCCACAUGAACAUAUAGUCACAAGGUCUCCAAAAUCACCCACAUCAGGACGCCAUAGUCAUGAUAAAGAGAACCAUCGUUCUGUUUCUUUCCCUGCUCCAGGAUUCCACAAUCGGGCAUUAACACAUCAGACAUCUGCACCAGCACUGCCAGCAAACCAAGAGCCGCACAUAUUUUCCUUAUCACCAGAAUCAGAUGAUUCAAAGCAUAGUGCAACAUUAUUGCAUUGUCAUGAAUCACGAGACCAAAAUCAAAGUGGCCAUUCACCUGAUAUGCAAAAACAGUCAAUAUCAACUUCUCUAGAAAAUUUAGUAAAACAUAUGAACCCUCGUACAACUACUUGGCCUCAACCUACUCAUACACGACAAAGUUCUAGCCCAGAAACUUUAAUACAUGGACUUGAAUCCUUUAAGUGCCAAAAAAGCAAUGGAUGCACAAUACCUAGGUCAGAUUCUUUGCAUAGGUCACCAAGUGCUGUAUCACCUUCUUAUAGUGGUUACAAAAACAUCUCAUCAGAGUCAGAUUCAAGAAAUUCCCAUCCAGCUAAUACAUCUCGUGGUUCAUCAAUUGGCCAGUAUGAUAGUGCUGUUGAGAGUCCCAUUCCGUCACCCCCUGUUACACCUCCGGAACCAGCUGAAAGCCAUCAGUUCGGUGCAGAUAGCUUUGAAGGAGACGAUGCAGUUCCUCAUGAAGAAUAUGGUACACCUCCAGAAUCCACAUUAGGUGAAAUAAGUCUUCAUUCUGUUGUGUCAAAACUUAGUCAGAAUCCUAACAUUAUUUGCAUGGAAGACGAUGAAUUUUCUUCUGACCCUGAAAUGAGCCACGUUGAUGAUCAUGGUCCCUUUAGUGGGCUCUGGAAGCUUGUGAGAAAUCCAGCUCAUCUGUCAGUUUUCUUGCACUAUUUGAUGUCUAAUAGUGAUCCUUCUAGUUUGUUCUUUUACCUUAUUUCGGACAUGUAUGAACAAGGGAGUGGCAGGGACAUGAAGAAAUGGGCAUAUGAAAUUCAUUCAAGCUUUCUUGUUCCUGGGGCUCCUUUAAAGGUAUUAUCAGUUGAUGAAACCAUUUUGCAUGAAAUUGAUGAAGUACUUCAAAACCACAUUGAUAAGGAAGAAAUACUUCGGAAUGUUUUCAAGAAAGCAAAUAGAAAAGCAAAAGAAGAGCUAAAUGACUUUCUUGCUGAUUUCCGCAAUAAAAGAACAAUGGGUCUUGCUAACAUGUAUGGUCCACCAGAUUAUCAACUGGAAGAAGCCAAGCAUGAUAAAAAUAAAGAGUUGAAGAUCAUUGAACAGCUUCUAGUUCCAUGUUUAGAGCUAUCACCUGAAGAUUUAGAAGGUGUUGAUGAUAGAGCUGCUGCCAAGACCUAUGCUUUAGCAACUGUGUUAAAACAUUUUGGUGUAAAAAAUCCUCAGGCACUGGCUCAGAUAGAUAGGUGUCCUAUGUUUGUAGGAAAAGGAAAAUCACGCCUUAGAAUUUUACCAAAGAGUAAAAAGGACGUGAUGUUUAUGCAAGGUCAUCAUUUUGUGUCACAGCAUUACUACUCUGUUACUUAUUGUAAUCACUGCCAACUAAUCAUCUGGGGUGUUGGUUAUCAAGGUUAUCAGUGUCAAAACUGUGAAAUGAACAUUCACAAAUCUUGUGUGAAAGUAGUUGAAGAGCAUUGCAUUGGUGCUGUUCGGAAACGAGAUAUAGCAAAAGAUAAAAAAGAAAAGGCGAAAGAAAGGCAUAAAAAAGAUAGAAAAUCUGGUAUAAUGGAAAAUAUUAUUGGAAAAACACGUAAACCCAGCCAGCCCAUUCCAGCAGCUAUUGAAAAAGCCAAGAAAUUGAAUGAUGAAAUGAAUGCAGAAAAUGCACUUUAUGCAGCAGUGGAGUCAUAUCAAGUGAAAUCAUCUGAUGCAGGUGAUCGAAUGAUUGAUGACUUAAGGGAGCCUUCUGACAUUGUGUUUCAAAAUAUGUUAAAUUUAUCAGAAUCAGCUGAGAAAUCAAAUGCUUAUUCCAACAAGAAAAAUGCCUCUACCAUUGGGCGGUCCGAGAGCUUUAGACAGCGGAGAGAAAGUAAGCCACCCUUUCGUAAAAGAAGUGAUCCUAACAUUCCACGUUCAAAAAGUGAUGUGGAUGUGGAUGAGAAAAACAGUUCUCCUUUAAAUGAAUCAAGGAGUUCUUCAAAUUCAAGUUUGUCUAACAGAAGUUUGGACAGUCCAAGUAAUUCCUCAGAAAUGGUACAUAGGACUCCCACUUCAGUUUCCGCUGAUUCUGUUCCUGCUAAUUUUGCUCCAUCAAGCGGAAUUACUUCUUCAAGUGGGCAUAGCACAGGUACUAUGCAUACUUAUGAUGAUUCAGACCUUGAAGCUGAAGCAGAUCCUCCAAAUUGGCAAGAAAAUGUGGACUGGGAUGUCUUGAAGGUUAUGAAGCCCAAAGAGAAGAAAAGGCAGGAUGUUAUAAAUGAAUUGUUUCAUACUGAAAGAACUCAUGUUAGGAAUUUGAAGGUUUUGGAUAGACUGUUUUAUAAACCAAUGCUUCAAGAACAGCUCCUUCCUCCAGAUUUUCUUAAUCUUCUUUUCCCAAACCUUGAAGAGAUGUUGGAAAUACAUGUUACAUUUAAUAAUAAAAUGAAAGCUCGACGAAAAAUGGAACCAGUUAUUGGAGAUAUUGGCCAGUUAAUGUUAGAAAUGUUUGAUGGGGCUGCUGGGGAACAUUUAAAGCAAGCAGCUGCAAGGUAUUGUCAGAAUCAGUCCAUUGCCUUGGAGAGUCUUAAAAUGAGGCAGAAAAAAGACCAGAAACUUUCACAAAGUUUAUCAGAUGCUGAAGUAAAUAAUCUGUGUAGAAGGCUCCAGUUGAAGGAUAUUAUUGCAUCAGGUUUCCAGAGACUUACUAAAUAUCCCCUUUUACUAGAAAAUAUUGCAAAAUAUACUCCACCCAAUACACAAGAGUUGUCAGAUCUGCAGCGAGCUGUUGAAUGCAGCAAAGAAAUUCUUGUUCAUGUUGAUUCUGCUAUCAAGGAAGCUGAAAAUAUGCACAGAUUGCUUGAUAUUCAGAAGAAGAUGGAGAAGAGUUCUUUUGAAAAGGUUGAACAUCCAAUAGUACAUAGUUUUAAGAACUUGGAUGUCACUAAGCAUAAACUACUUCAUGAAGGACCUCUUACUUGGCGACUUAACAAACAAAAAACUGUGGAAAUGCACGUGGUUCUUAUGGAAGACAUACUUAUCCUUUUCCAGAAGCAAGAUGAAAAGUAUAUUUUAAAAUUUCAUAAUACCAAUCUAACAAGUGGACGUGAAGAUACAAAGAUUAUGCACAGUCCAAUUCUAAGAGUUCACAACCUUUUAAUUCGUAACAAUGCCACAGAUAAAAGAAGUAUCUUUUUAAUUUCAUCUUCUGAAAUGCAUGCCAUGUAUGAAUUUGUAGCAGCUACAGCAUCGGAGAAGAAAAUUUGGUGUCAGCAUUUAACAAAGGCUGUAGAACAGCAAACCCAAAGUGGUAAUCUACUUAAAAAUAAUCAAGAGCCUGCAUCUGUGGUCUCAGAUACAGUAGUAGCGUCUUCUGAUGAGCAGCAAGAUGACACUGAUGUUGAAUCAAAAGAAGUUGAAAGCUCUUCAGAUAUGCAGCAAGAUUCAAAAGAAGUUGGACCAGAUGCUGUGAAACCAGACAGUUCUGCUGAUGUUGCCCAAACAAAUAUUGAGCCUGAAUCCUCUGCUUCUGCAACAGAUCUGGAUGAUAUCCCACAAAAAGCAAAACAAAUUGGUGUAGAUGAUGAAACCAGUGAUUCGGAAAGAGAACCGAAAUCUCCAAAACGGUUUCAACGUGUUGAUAUUCUACAAGUUACUGAAGGACCACAACUUAUUGAACCAAGUGAAGUUAUAGUCAGCAGCGGUGCAAUUUGUGAAACUGCAGAACCUGUUUUCACACCUAUUGAGAGGCUUAGAAGAAAAGACUUGGAAAUUGUCAAAGCUAUCAGGGAAAAAGAGAAAAUAUUAGCAGAUAUCUUCCAGGUCACUGAAGAAGAGUUCAGUAUCCCUUCGGAAAUUUCAACUGAAGCCAAGGAUGCUACAUCUUCAGAAUUAAUUAUGAUUGCUGUUCAGCAAGCAAACAAGUUAAGCUCUCUAAUAAAUGAAGGCUUAAACUUUGCUGAGGAUGCACCAGCAAUUGAAACAAAUGCCUUGUCUGUUGAAGAAAGUGCCAGUAGCAUCAGUGUUAGUCCAGUAUUACCAGAUAAAUUCAACUCUUUGAAUUACUUCUGUAGACUGCAAGGCAUUUCUCAUCGUAAUCUUUUGCCAAUAUCUACAUCUUUAAACUGUUGUCUUGUUCAGUUAAUGGCCAUGAUGCAGGAUAUCGAAGAAGAGCGAAGACAGUUACGUAAAGAGCUUGCAAAUUAUAGAGAACAAAUACAUCAGCUUCAUGAAACUCAUCGUCAUUGUGUUGUUCCAUCUCAGUCACCCAGUACAUACUCGAGACCUAGCAGUUUUGUUUCAAUUGCCUCCACAACGUCUGAUGGUAUAGCUGAGUUCUUUGAACAUCAGCAGUUGUUUUCAGUAUUAGAAAAUUCAGAAGAAGCAUAUGCUGGGGACACAGAUAUUAUUCCAAAAGACACUCCUGCCGAUCUGCAGUCCUCUAGUCCAGUAAAUGAAAAUAUAAUGCCUUCUGAAAGUUGGACAUUAAGUGAAGCUAAUGAAUCUGAAAGUAGGACAUGUGAUCAAUCCAUGAGUGUUUCAAACUGUGAUGAUACUAAUUCUCCUACUGCUGUUGCUGCUGAUUCAAGUACCAUUGAAACAAAUAAAGAUAUGCCUUCUAUCAAUGAAUCUGAUUCAAUCAGUAGGACAGUGCAGGAAACAGCAAAUGUGGAUCCAGUAUAUCUCUGAGUAUGAAAAGAAGUUUAACCUCAAUUUGUGUGAUAUUCUGUCUUAUGCCAUUUGUUGCUAGAAAAUGUAAUGCCUAGUAAUAUUGCAAAUACAAGCCAUUUCUUGUAAAAUUAUGUAUAUUUUUUCCUUUUCUUUCUCUUCUCUUUGCUGUAUAUAUUAAGUUGUGCUGAAGAACUAUUUGUACACUAUUAGAAGCUAAUACAUGUCUUCUCUAAGGAAUGAACCUUGGCAUUGAAGAACAUGUUUUUAUAUGUUGAGUAGGUGAACAUUUGUGUUGUAAACUUUUUAUUUAUUGUACAAAUACCUAAUUGAUAAUGAUACAUUGCCCAAAGGUUGCUUUUCAUUACGUGGAAGAAGCAAUAGUAAAUAGUUGGGACACUGCCUCUUGUAAAAAAAAAUGUGAACUUUCAUGGUGCUUUUGGCAGUGUUUGAUGUGUCUGAGGCCUUCAGUAAUAAAUGUCCUGCUUAGAUACAACAGUUUCAGGAAUUCAUAUCUGAAACUAACAAUUCAGGUCCUUUUUAAAAGGCUGAGAGUAUUUUGUAGAUACCUAUAAAUAAAUAAAUCUAUAUCUAUAUAUAAAUAUAUAUAUAUCGCUGCAGUUAGUUUUCUAAUUAAAAAAUUCUCCCAGCUAUUCUGUGUUCUUGUAAGUUUAGACAAGUUUUAGUCAUGUACUUUGUGUUUUCUGUCUGUGUUAAAUACAUUGAAAUUAAGUAAAUUCUUAUGAUUUGUAAAUUACAUUUCAAUUGUUAUGGCAUAUUUUAUAAUAAUUUUUUGAGAAAAAUUUAAAUUGAUAAAUAAAUAAAAAAAAAUAUAUAUUUGAUUAUCUGAACAUUCAAGCAACCCAUAUUGAAUAUCCUUGUAAUAUUUUUUGGUAUUAUCUGAAUUAUCAUAGCAACUUUUACCAAUAAAUUGAUUAAUACAAUACCGGUCAUACAUCUGUAACAAGAUAUUCAUGUGGGUUACCUAAUUCAGAGAGUGAAUUCCUCGCAUUAUUGCCUUACUUGUGGCUUAGAUUGUAACAUAUCAACUUUGUAAAUAUAGACCCACGCACAUUGAAUUCAUAGGAUUUGUUUAUUAAAUAGCUUUUUGGUACUGAACAAGCUUAUUAAAGGUAGUUUGUUUAUUAGGUAUGCGCUUACUAUGUAGGUAUCCCCUAUUUUAGUGUGAAAAAUAAGUUAUAACCGUUUUAUGUUUUAAGCAGUAUGUCUCAGCUUUAGCUCAUAUUUUGUAAAAGAUGACCAUUUUGCAAUAAACCAAACUAAUCCAAAUCUGCAAAUUAACUGUAGUCCUAACACUUCUCUAAAAAAGCAAGUAAAAAAAUUUAAAUUAUUCCCAUCCCCAAUUUUAUUUCUCUGAAAAAUUUUCAUAGACAUGAGUAUAAUGGAGUAUAUGAAAAUGUAUGAAUGUAUAUGAAAAUUUUUCUAUAAUGGAGUCAUAAACAUUUAACAGAAGGCAGUCACAAAUUUCUCACAGCAGUUGCAGCAUUCGGAUAUAAAAUUUUAGGGAAGGGGUCAUUUUGGUAUAGCAAUUUUAGCUGUGGUAAAGUUUUUUUUAAUUGUUUUGAAUUUAAUGUAUGCUUCCUUGAAUAUUAUAUACCAAGUAUGAAAAAUUAAAAUGAUUGGUAUUAAUUAUGGUAUACAUUCAGCAUUAAAAGUGAUGAACAUGAAUUUCAUUUGUCAUUAAGUAACAGUGAUAUUUAUCAGUAUUUAACAUUUAUUUUUUUACUACCAAUUAUGGAGAGGUAGGUGUAUUAAAUGAAGGCCUUAAAAAUAGCUAAUUUUGUUAAUUGUUACAUAAUAAUCAGAUUGCAGACUUCAUUAUUAAUAACAAAAUUGUGCCUUUGGGCAUUCUUAUUUUGACACACUGAUAUUAAAUCUUACCUGAAUUGUGCUGUAAUUCAUUGUAUAUAUAUUCAAAAUUUUCUUACAAAUCUGAUUUUUUUUUUUUUUUUUUUUUUUUUUUUUAAUCUUUUACAAAUAUUUUUAUGCUGUGACUUUUUAAUCAAAUAUCUGUAUCUACCGUGGGAUUUUGCCUCAAUAUAUCAUGCAUAUUUAAUGCAAUGCUUUUGACAUAUCAUUUGAUAAUGAGCUGAGUAUUGUACUUCUUAAACUGUGAAUGAAUUUAAACCUGAAUUUUGCUGAAUUAUCCCAGUGAUUAACUUAAAUAUUUCUUAACGGAAAAUUAAAAAGAAAAAGAGGGGGAAAAUUUGUAAAUGUUUAUUAUAUACAUAUUAAUUAUAGGGGAUACCUAUAUUGAAUAUAUUUUAUUUUAUCCUUCCCUUCAGUUUUUAAGAAAUAAUAACCUUUUUUAAAUGUCUGUAGGAAGAAAAGAAAUUUCUAAAGAAGAGUUUACUAGUUUGCUUUUUUUUUAAUUGCAUAGUAAAAUACUUUUUAAGAGUUGUGUGUGGCUAAACUUCUACUGAAUUGUAUGGUUUAGAUAAUGGAAUAAAUUUUAAGUGUUUUACUGUAUUUUUUAGCAUUUUUAAUUCUGUUUUGCAGUAAAUUUUAGCAUGUGCUUUUUUUUUAGGGGGGUAUUUUUGUGAUAUAUUUAUUUUUUCUUAAAAACCACAAGUCAAUAAAUCUAAAAUUCGUGAAAUCAAACGUCAAGUUUUAUUUGAAAAUGCAAUGUUAUGAAAUUCAGUGCUUUGAAUGUUAGAAAGAAUUAUUUCUUUCCUUUUUUUAAUAUUUAUAUUGUGAAAAAAUUAUAACUACUUGUUUUGUGCAUGUUUGUAAAUUAGAAAUUUAUUUCAGUAACAUCCAUACCAUCUGAAAAUAUUAAAAUUAAGAAAAAAAUUUCUUAUUUUAAUUUAAAGUAUGCUUGAUGUAAUGAUUUGUAAUUUUGCCAAAAAUGUGUUGCCAUUUUGAAGUUAAAAAAGAAAAAAACAGAAAAUUCAACUGCAUAUUUUUGUAUUCUUUACUAAUACUAGUAGUGUUUAAUACGUAGCAAUAAUUUGUAAUUUGUCCAUUUCAUAUAUUAUAAUGCUAUAAAAGGAAAGAUGUAGGAAAUUCAGCAAUUGUAUAAAAAACUUAAACUGGAUAAUCCUUUUAAAGUUUGCUAGAAUCCAAGUUUCUAUAGAUGAUUGCAUGUAAGUUGAAAGUAAAAUAAAUGUAUUCAUCAUUAAAAUUAUUUUUUAAAAGACUGAAAGUUAAAUAUUGUGUUCUUCUCGACAUUUAGUGUAUUAAAAAAUAGAAAUAUUUUAUUUUUCUUUUAAAAAUGAUUUCUAUGUAAAAUUGUAUUUACUUCUUUGUGUAAACUUACAAAAUUUAUUGAUUUGUUUACCGGUGACUUUUCUGUUUUUAAAUCCUUCAUAUAUUUAUAUUAUCAAUAAAGAUAUCUACUUGAUUCAUAUUGUCUUUAAAUUAAAAAAAAUAUUUAGUAAAUUAAAUAUUGAAAAUAUCAAGCAAUAAGAACAAAUAGAAUUUCUAUGCAGAAUAGCAGUUUGUGAUUUCAUUGUUCUGAACUAUGAAAUAAACAGUUUUUUAAAUAGUU